AUGACGGAACAAUAUAUUUUUGAUUCAGAAAUUGUGGAAGAUGAAGUAGAUCGUCCAGUCUCUGUUUACAACCUAAAUGUUUGCUUCAAGGAGGACAUUGAUUUUAGACUAUAAGAUUGCUAAUUGAAUGAACCUGAUAUUUAAGAUUUAGAGUAAAAAAUGAAUAAUCUAAUUUAUAAUUCUUGUGGUUUUAAAAAAGGAUUGAUAAAACAUAACAAAUAAUAAAAAUAACAAUCAGCAAUAGACUUAACAGAGAAUAGAACUAAGAAUGAAUAACUAUCUUUUAAAAAGCCUAUUUAACCUAUUUAAUAAUUAUCCAUUGUUUCUAAUGGAGAUCAAUCCUCAUUGUUUUCAAGAAAAGAAACAGUUCCAAAAAUUAAUUUUGUAGGUGAAAUGAAAGAUAGUGUAAACUAAAAUACAACAGUAGAUUUUAGAAAGAGUCUAAAAUUACAUACACAUGGACCAUUUGAUAUAACUAAAUUAAAAGAUGGAUUAUCGCCUGCUGUAAAUAAUCAAUUUUCUUCAAAAAAGCAAUCCCAAUUCUCAUAAAGAUCACAUGAAACUUACAAUUCAUAUUUGGAAUUAUCUUAUAAUUAAACUUAACAGAUACCCAAAUAACAUUCAAUCAAUAAUUUAGAUAAAAGAAAAGAGAGAUCAAAAAUUGCAAAGACAACUAUUAAAUUCAUUUCAAAUUAACAAAAUUAGAAACUGAGAAUUUCAUAAUAAGCCAAUUCAUAAAGAACAUCUCAGUUAUCUUUAUUAUAAUUAGAAUAAGAUGGUAUAAGAGGUAGAUCAUAAAGUUCAGUUUCAACACCAAAAAGUAUUUUAAAAAAUCCUUCAUUAUAAAACUCUUAAUUAGAAAUUGUAAGCAGAUUAAGUUUCUAAAGUAGGCUUAGUUUUUCAAGUUUAAAUAUUACUUGUUAAUCUCCUAAAAAAUAACAAGCAAACUCUUAAUCUCCUGCAAAAAAAGUUAAAUUUUGUUUAACUAAAAAGUAAGCAAGAAGAGAAAACAUUCCAUGUUGA